ACUAUCGCCAGGCGCCCAGGUUGAACGCGCGACCACCCUCGGCCGCCGCACCCAGCUGCUCCCCGCGGAUUCCUGGACGCUCACUGCAGGGUCGUGGUCAGGGCCGGAGCCACCCAGGACUCCUGCGGCCACCUCCACCUUGAAAGCUCGCCCGGCCGGCUUGGCCUAACAGCUGGUCCCAAACCUACUCACUGCGGCUCUUCGGGACGCUGGGCCGAGGCUGCCCUUGCACCCGGCGCGCAGGGUUCCCUCCCAGCGAGCCCCUCUGGCGCGCGCCCGCCAGCUCCCGCAAGCUGGGGCAGUCCGACCGGGCCCCGCCAGCCCCGGGGCGACCCCUAGCGAAGGGUGGCCUCCCGGCGGAGUGCAGGGUCAUCGGCAGCCCCGGACGGCUUUUCCCAGCUCGCGCUGCGCUGACUCGCCCCGGAGCCUCAGUGCGCCUCAGAGAAACGCCUGCCACAGAAAGGGAGGGGAAAAACCGAAGGUGUACCAAGGUGUCCGAGUGAAGAUCACAGUGAAGGAGCUGCUGCAGCAAAGACGGGCACACCAGGCGGCCUCCAGGGGAACCCGGUCCGGAGGCAGCAGUGUCCACCUUUCAGAUCCAGUUGCACCAUCUUCUGCAGGACUGUAUUUUGAGCCUGAACCAAUUUCUUCCACGCCCACUUAUUUUCAACGGGGAGAAUUUUCCAGUUGUGUUUCAUGUGAAGAAAACUCAAGCUGCCUCGACCAGAUCUUUGAUUCCUACCUUCAGACAGAGAUGCACCCGGAGCCUUUGCUCAAUUCCACACAAAGUGCUCCACACCAUUUCCCAGACAGCUUCCAGGCCACCCCUUUCUGCUUUAACCAGAGCCUGAUCCCGGGAUCACCUUCAAAUUCCUCCACUUUCUCUGGCUCCUUAGACUACAGUUACUCACCAGCUCAGCUGCAUUCAUAUGCUCCAGAGAAUUACAAUUCCCCUGCUUCUCUGGACACCAGAACUUGUGGCUACCCCCCAGAAGACCAUUCCUACCACCACUUGCCCUCACACGCCCAGUACAGCUGCUUCUCCUCGGCCACCGCCUCCAUCUGCUACUGCGCAUCAUGUGAGGCAGAGGACUUGGAUGCUCUCCAGGCGGCAGAGUACUUCUACCCGAGCACAGACUGUGUGGACUUUGCCCCCUCAGCAGCCGCCACCAGUGAUUUCUAUAAGAGGGAAACAAACUGUGACAUCUGCUAUAGUUAAUAGAAAUUACAGUAAUUCAGAACAUGGCACGGGUAUAUCUAUUUUUCUACCACGUUUAGAUGACACUACAAAAUAUGCAACUUGGUAACACAAUAUCCAAAGCACAGUUUACAUGUCACUAUUUCCAAUUUUCUGAUGCUAGGCAUUCAUAUGAAGUCCUCAAACCUGGUCAUUGUGCCACUCCUACUUUGUAUGCUCGUAGUUUAAAUUUUUGUAGGAAACUUUCAAUUGUUUUACCUUUUUGUGUAAUGAACAAAUGCCCUCUCCUUCUUUUUUUACUAAUAAAUCAUUUUGUAUUACUAA